GGCCCAGGGCAGGGAUGGAGUAAGGGGGGCUGUGGUAGCUGUCAGGCCAUGAACCGGACCAGCCGUUGGCUCUGGGCACUGUGCUCAUGGACUGCUCUCACAUCAGCAGCCAUGAGCAGAAGUGACAACUGCACGGAUCUACUAGUGCUGGGUAUUCCCCGCGUAACCCAGGCUUGGGGACUGUGGGCCCUCUUAGGGGUUGUGACGCUGCUGCUUCUCAUCUCAUUGGCUGCCCACUUGUCCCAGUGGAGCAGAGGCUGGAGCAGGAGCCAUCUGGGACAGGGACGCUCUGGAGGGUCUGUGGAAGAGGUCCCCCUGUAUGGGAACUUGUAUUAUCUCCAGACAGCACGGCUAAAUCAAGAACCAGGGCCAGAUCAGCAGGCUCCAAGCCCUGGAGGCCCUGCCAGGGCUGCAGAGGAGGUGAUGUGCUACACCAGCCUGCAGCUGCGGCCUCCUCUGGGCCGGAUCCCUACUCCCGGGACUCCCAUCAAGUACUCCGAGGUGGUGUUGGACUCUGAGCCAAAGCCCCAGACCUCAGGCACGGAGCCCGAGCUCUACGCCUCGGUGUGUGCCCAGACCCGCAGGGCCCGGGCCUCCUUCCCUGACCAGGCCUAUGCCAACAGCCAGCCCGCGGCCAGCUGAGAUGGAGGGCCUGGCCCGGCGGGGCGUGCACUGCCUGGCCUUCCAAGCAGCAAGGCAUGAUUGUUCCCCAACCAGCCCGGAAAGACUGAGCAUCAUGGCCUAGUCACAGGAUGUGAUCUACCCUGACCUUCCUAUCAUAACUGCCAGGAAGACAUUUCAGGAAAAUCAUUUCUUGAGGAUGGAGGAGCAAAGGCUGUGGCCCCCUCCUCACCCCAUUUUUCUAUCUGUUCCUCUCAGCCCCCAAACUCCCAGGUUCUCACUUCCCCCUUCUUCCGGAGUUUAACCGGAUCCUUCCUCCACCCCCAGAGUCUACCCCUGACACCCGUGUCUCCUCAGGCACAGGAAGUGGUCGGGGGGGAGGGGUAAAAGCCUGAAAGGGUGUGGAUGGGUAUGUCCCUUGGAAGCCUGCAAGGGGGGGUCCUAUCACCUAGAGACCUGGGACCCAAGUCUGUCUUCUGACCUGACAACCCUGACAGGUCUUCAACCUGCUGUUUAUGUUGCAUCCCCAAGUAUUCAAAUAAAACUUCUCAAAAAGU